AUGGGACACCUCUCCCAGCCCGGAUGGGCGCCGUUUGCCUGCAACUUCAACCUCAUCCUCAACGUCUUCCUCGCCCUGCCUCUUGCUCUCACCUCCCAGGCGGCCCUCUUCGAGCCGACGCCUUCUCCGAACCUCGACCUCAAUCCGCUCGGCCGCAUCGCCCUGGUGGGGAAUUUCGACGCUGCCUCGCUCUACUCCUACAAGCCUACCAACAAAGAAGGCCUCGCCGGCUUCAAUGGCUCCCUCAAACAGUCGCUCAUCGCCCCCUUGCCCGACGGCUCCCUCUUCCCCAUAUCCUCAGCCGACGCCGAUAUCCUGGCCAUGUGCCCGUUGAAGGACAAGGAUGGCUCGGUCACCAGCGUCGUGGUGGGCGGUAACUUCACCAGCCUUGGAGGCGUCGAGUCCAACGGCGUGGCCGUUUUCGACUACAAAAACAUCCGUGUAUCUGCCGUGCCUGGACUCUCUGGGACGGUCAACGCACUCUACUGUGACAGCGAAUCGAACAUCGUCUACGUCGGAGGAGAGUUCAGAAACGCAGAGUCCACCAACGCUGUCAUCUGGUCUCCCAAGUCGGGCCUUUCCAACCUGCCCUUCAGCGGGUUCAAUGGGCCCGUCACAUCGAUUGUUCCCGCAAAGGAUGGCCGUGUUGUCUUUGGUGGCUCGUUCGAUGGCUUAGGAAACACAACAAGCCCGGAGAGGAAGGACCAGCAGAUUGUCAACCUGUUUACUGCCGAGAUCUCUGUCGGUUCAGGUUCGACUGCUGGAGGCUUUGACGAUCCUAGGAGUAUCAUCUGCCCUACUGAUGGCCAGUCUGGCCCCGGAAAGACCUGGUUGCUCACAGACAAUGCCCCGGGCUACUGGCGUGCUAACUUGCACUAUGGGUUCAGACCAACUAAGUUACGCGUUCGCAACGUUGUUAUGGAUGGAAGAGGAACCAAAACAUUCAGAUUUACCGCCCUGCCCGAUGGCGGAAUCCUGAACAUGACCUAUGUCGACCCCGAGAGCGGCCAGAAAAUUCCAUGUGAUGCCCGAUGUCCUCUCUCUAACGAUCCAAAGUAUGCUACUCGAGACUUCUCCUUUGUCAACAAUGUUGGCAUGAGCUCGUUCCAGCUGGAAGUCUCAGAAUGGUACGGACAGGGUGGUGGAUUUACUGGCAUUGAGCUGUUCCAGGAUGAUAUUUAUGCAUAUGCUGUUAAUGACCUCAAUGAACCCACCUGUGCUGGUAUUCCGUUCGCCUCUACUGCUACCACAACCGGUGAAUGGAAGGUCCAGCCAUCUCACGAUAGUUCUUCUGACUAUUUAUCCACCCAAAUCGAUGCAUCUACCGACACUGCCACCUCAGUCACCAUACAGCCAGACAUCAAGCAGUCGGGUAACUACUCCGUCACCAUUUUCACACCAGGUUGUAUUCAGGAUGGAACCUGUGCCACCCGUGGAACCGCCAACGUAACUGCCACUUUCAAGUCUUCCGAAGACACACCUAUCGUGGCCUCGAUAUCACAGACCAACAACUUCGACAAGUUUGACCAGAUCUAUGUCGGCCCCGUUGAUGCUAGCACCAGCAAAUUCAGACCAUCCAUCACUAUAACCCCCCGCCAUGACCAAGGCAUGAUCGACUUUGUGGCAUCUAGAGUCCGGUUCCAAUUGAUUUCAUCUACUGGCGGCCUGAAUGGACUGUAUGAAUAUGACCCAAAGGCUACAACUGUUGAUACCAACUUCACCCAGUCUGCCAUCAACAAAGCCGGUACUGAACUUGAGCCUGAGGCAAUCAUCAACUCUCUCCUUCUUGACGGUCUGCUCUACGUUGGUGGUAACUUUUCAAACACUGCCGCUGGGGACAAUGACAAGCUUGGUAGUGUUGCUGCAUACUCUAUAUCUGACAAGACCUGGCACUCCCUUGGUGCUGGAGUUAACGGCCCUGUCACUUCACUUGUCCUGUUCCCAACCAAUGUUACCUCAGGCAAGACCGAAACAACUAUCGCAGUUAACGGAUUAUUUACGGAGAUUAAUGCGGCUGAUGGUCGCCCUGCAAUACCCGCGAAUGGAUUUGCUGUCUGGGUACCAUCAGCAAAGAAAUGGCUGAAAGAACUGGACAUUGACCACUUGGCAUACGUUGGCCAGCUCACUGCUUCCAGUCAGGUAGGCGAUGAGACCCUCCUGGCUGGAAACCUUGCUUCUGGUGGAAUCGCUUCACACGGUGCUGUCAAUCUAGUUGACAACAACAAGCUCGGCCUCCGUGCACUACCAGUAAAUAUAGAGCUCGGUCAAGGUAUGCUACCUGAGCGUAAUGCGAAGCGCAAACUUGCAACAGGUGGCAGCAGCGGAGUCAUCACCGGUCUCUUUGAUACCGAAGGUGGUCGCAACCUCACAAUGCUAGCUGGUCACUUUACUGCAAAGACAUCUGACAACUCUGUCGUCAAUAACUUGGUCUUCCUCAAUGGCGCACAACAUGAUGUCGUGACUGGCGCCGGUCCCGGAAUUGAUGCAAACUCAACCUUCUUAUCCCUUGCAGUUAACAAAGACAUGCUUUUGGCCGGCGGGAAAAUCUCUGGAAAAGUUGCAGAUGCAAACAUCAAAGGCCUCGUUGUCUAUGAUCUCAAGAAUGAACAUCGUUACGCCUCCAACCAGCCUUCCGCAUUAGACGGUGACGAUGUUGAAGUUCGCGCCAUUGCUCCUCGUCCUGGCACCAACGACAUCUUCGUUGGUGGAGUCUUCCAAUCUGCUGGCUCUCUGCCUUGCCCGUCAGUUUGCUACCUUGAACUUGAUGGCAACCAAUGGAAUCGCCCGGGUACAUCCCUACGAGGAGAUGUUACCGUCCUCCUGUGGACAGAGAACGAUCAACUGCUCGUUGCUGGAAACCUCACUGUUGAGCGUAACGCGACUAUGCUCGCUAGAUACAAUGCAAAGGAACAAGAAUGGUCCACUAUCACAGGAAAGAACUCCGAAAGCAUCAAUGGUGAAGUGCGUGCCCUUGGCCUUUCACAAAGCGAUGGCUCAAAGUUUUGGAUCGCCGGAAAAUCCGCUGAUGGAGCCUCGUUCCUUGUUCACUACGACGGCACUGAAUUCCGCUCUGCUGGUCGCUUGUUUGGAGAGAGUACCCUAAUUGAGGGGCUGCAAGUUCUUCCACUCACCAAAACUCACGGCAAGACCGAUCUAUUGGAGGAGAAUCAAUCUCUUCUAAUCACAGGCAAACUCCAGCUGCCCAACUUUGGAUACGUGUCUGGAGCCCUCUUCGACGGAACUACACUUGAACCAUUCAUACUUUCUAGUAUGUCUGAUGGUCGACCAGGGAGCAUAUCUGGAAUAUUCUCUGAGAAUAAGAUCAACGUUGCUGGCCACCCCCUAGGCUGUGUCUUCUUCCUUGUCCUCUUCGGCAUUCUCCUUAACCGCUACCGCCGUUACAAGCAAGGCUACGUCACUGCACCUCAAGGCACAGAUCGAAAACCAGAUCUCAAUCGCGUUCCUCCAGAAUACCUUCUGGAGUCCCUCCGCCAUCGGACCCCCGGCACACGCAUCUAA